AUGCGCUUUCUCAACACGGUGGGCGCUUUAGUGCCGGGAGUUGUUCUUGCUGGACCGCUGGCGACGAUUACUCCCUGUGCCAAUGCACCAAGCUUAUCGGCAAUUCCCAUCAUUGUUACGGCACAGCAUCAAACCGUAUCAACCUGCUUCGGAAUAUCGACAUGCUUCCAGGGAACUUGUACUACGAGAUAUUCCCUCGACACCUUUGCGUACGUUAGCACCGUUAUCCCUGCCGCAUGGAAUGGUACUUCGAUCCACGCAACUACGGUCACUUCUACUACUCAAACGGUCACAGUGUCUCGGUUCCGCACGACAAUCACUAAGUUGGCCACCGCUACCUCAGCUGUCAUCAAGAAUGGGACCACUUCCUACGCUCCUCCCAAACCUGUUUACCUCACGGUCGCAAAAGAUUUUAUGGUUGCCUACAACAAGAUGGGCCCUUUGGCGAUACCAGGCUAUGGCGGGAGCGGUCUUUGUAAGGAAUGCAAUGUGCAUCAGGAUGGAAGUCGGUCUCAGGUCGUCAACGUUAUUGAGUGCAGGUCGGGUCUUGUUGGAGCCAAGUGCAUGGGAUACGCAGAGACAUGGAUCUCCAUGCCCGCUUCUGCCUCCUCUUCAACGACACUAACGCCUCUUUCAACCCGAUUCGUGGCUCCUUCGGUCGGCACCUUUACUUUCACCUUCACCCUGACAGCUCCUAGUCAUAUCGUCACUGCCGGAGUCAAAACCAUUACUGUCGCCCCGAGUCCGUACUUCCAUCAUAUCGUUCACAACCACCGCGGACAUCAUUCACUGUUCCGAUUCCCACUGGCAGCCAUGUAA